ACCCACCGGAAGUGCCGGAGUUGUGGCGGAAGUUGAUGUUUUCUGGAGACAGCAGGCAGCUCGAAAGGAGCGUGACGGCCGGCAGAGAUGAUUCAGGCGAUUCUGGUUUUCAACAACCACGGGAAGCCGCGGCUGGUCCGCUUCUACCAGCGCUUCCCCGAAGAAAUUCAGCAGCAGAUCGUCCGAGAGACCUUCCAUCUGGUUCUCAAACGGGAUGACAACAUCUGUAACUUCCUGGAGGGCGGGAGCUUGAUUGGUGGUUCUGAUUACAAACUGAUCUAUCGGCAUUACGCUACCCUCUACUUUGUAUUUUGUGUGGAUUCAUCCGAGAGUGAACUUGGGAUCUUGGACCUCAUCCAGGUUUUUGUGGAGACCCUGGAUAAAUGCUUCGAAAACGUUUGUGAAUUGGACCUGAUCUUCCACAUGGAUAAGGUGCACUACAUCCUCCAGGAGGUGGUGAUGGGAGGGAUGGUGCUGGAAACGAACAUGAAUGAAAUCGUGGCGCAGAUCGAAGCUCAGAACAGGCUGGAGAAAUCGGAGGGCGGCCUCUCGGCAGCCCCCGCCCGCGCCGUGUCUGCCGUGAAGAACAUCAACCUGCCCGAGAUGCCGCGGAACAUCAACAUCGGAGACCUCAGCAUCAAAGUCCCCAACCUGUCCCAGUUCGUCUGAGGCCGGAGGCUCGCCAGUCCCCCGACAGAGCCUCCCCGCGCCGCCCGGGAAAGAAGCCUCGGACCCGGAUCCGCGCUGCCAGGGAGCGGGCGGGGAGCCCCGUGCCGCUGCGGCGAGAGCCCUGGUCUCUGGCGCACGUGGCCGCUGCCGACGCGGGGGGAUCGGUGUGUCCCAGUCACUCGCCCCCUCUCCCUCUCCAUGCAGCCGUUCCCGGGGUUUGGGGUCGUACUGAGAGCCCCCCCAGCCCCCACUCCCCAGGACCCCCCCCCCCUCCCUAGAACAUGGUCUGAUCAGAAUCUUCUUCCUUCGCACCCCGAGGUGUCUGGCCCAGUCGCAUGCACUUCAACUCUGGGGCGUGGCAAGUGGCGGGCAGGGGCCUGCUGGCCCUGCCGGGUGGUCAGCCCAGCGUCCUCUCGUGUGGCCACGCUUCCUGGUGACCCUCCUGCCAAGGGCACCCGCCCCUGCCACCGUCCCGGCUCUGCCCUCGCAGGCGUUCCGUGGCGGAAAGCAAUCCAGACCCUGAGCCCGGGGCAGGCCCGCCGCGUCCCUGCUGGCUGGGGGACCACCCCCACACGGCACCCCUCCAGCCCAGCCAGGGGCGUCCCCCGUCAAAGGGGAGGUGGGGUCGUGUCUGUAGAAGGUAAAGCCGGCAGCGAAUCGAGCCUCUCGGAGUUCCGACUCUUUCCGGGUUUAAAAUACAUCGUCCUCACGAGGAGCAGACGGGUCUGGCGCUGUGUUA